CCACUAAUACUACCAGGAAGUGCGCCACGUCACAGCAUAGACGUAAAGAACACCCAUUAGUGGUGUGGCUCAGGCCAUUCAAAACUAUGCUUCAUCUCGAAAGUGGAUCAUGUUGCUCGACCUACUGGGAAACUUGUAGAAGACUUUGACUGUGACAGUACUUUAUUUCAGCCUGUCGUUUGUUCUUGUGUGGUGUUUUUAAUCGGACCGAGGUUGUGGAAUGCUGCUGGACGAGACUCCACUGUUUGAGCCUUCUCUGCUUCAGGAGUUAGACUGGAGUGACAACAGCGUCUCUUUCUGCCCCCUGAUCUCCCCCUCCCACCCGGGGGAAGGCCUGGUGCUUAGGCCCCUCUGCACCGCUGACUUCAACAGGGGGUUCUUUAAGGUUUUAUCUCAGCUCACCGAGACGGGCGAUGUCACGGCAGAGCAGUUCAUAAAAAAGUUUGAGCACAUGAAGAAAACGGGCGACUACUAUGUGGUGGUGGUGGAGGACACCAAUUUAGGGCAAAUUGUGGCCACGGCGACUUUGAUCACUGAGCACAAAUUCAUUCAUUCUUGUGCCAAGAGAGGCCGAGUGGAGGAGGUGGUGGUCAGUGAUGUUUGCAGAGGAAAACAACUUGGAAAACUGUUAGUCUCUACACUUACUCUGCUCAGCAAAAAACUCAACUGCUACAAAAUCACACUGGAAUGUGCACCCAAAAACGUGGCCUUUUACCAAAAAUUUGGCUACAUGUCUUCAGACGAGACGUACAUGCAGAGUCGCUUCCCCAAAUGAGGACCUCGGGUGGUUUGAAUCCCACUUGGAUUUGAUCGACCUGGACUGCUUCUACGCUAGCCAAGGAAUCACUUUGUGGUUUGGCUUGUGCAUCGUUGCAAAUCGAUUGAUGAGCGUCGUCCUGACUUCAGAGCAGACGUGAACUUAAAAACACAUGUUGAAGUCCCCACGCAGCCAUUUUGGUAACCAUGGCUACCUCAUGAAUGCAAAGCUCUGGAGAAAAGGAUAAUCGGUUACUGUAAAUGUCUUAUUUUGUUACGGUGAUGGCAUGUGGUGACUGAAAAUAUUACUUAAAUUAGUCAGGCAUCUGAAGUUUGCGUUGAAUGUUCAUGCUCAUGUUCUUGAAGACUAAUUACAAAUAAUUGACCAUCAAAAGCGAGUAACCAAAGAGGCUUUCAAACUUCAUUUUUCAGUUAAAAAGAAAUCAACAAUCACACAAAUAAUCUUGCAUAUUUGUGAUAUUGCUAUAAAUCCGACUUAUGUAGGAAAUACAAAUGUUUAUAUGCUGUAUGACAGACUUCAAGGGUGUAUGCAAGUGAUGAACAUUUUCUAUAUGGACUAUUUAAUGUAAUUUAUUGCCAAAUAAAGAGGCUGUGUACACACUGUCCUGGUUAGCAGUCACUUUG